AUGUGUGAUCCUAAAGAAAAGUCCGUAAAGUUUUUAUUUGUUGAACCCUUAAAACAUCUUGAUAAGAAUGCGUCUCCUGUCACUUCUUCAGGCGUAGAAUUGCAGUCUCCAGAAGCUGAGCGGAAACCCUCAAAGAAGAUGGAUUCGAUAAAAAGUAUACCAUUAGGAAAAGAUUCUACAUCUGAAUCCGAAAGUAAUCAACAGGAUGAUAACAAUAUGCCAAGUGCGACUGCGCAAAGCCAAAUCAGGGAAACGCCGCCACGCCCAAAGUAUACGGUUUGCUAUGAAUGCGGGAAAGAAAUACCCAUUGAUGAGUGGCCAGAUCACCGCGAUCGUUUAAACAAGGUAAUGUUGGUUGAACAAGUGAGCACUUUCCACAAGACAAUUAUUCGCAUGAUUGGUGGGUUCAUCAUGUGGGUCCUGAAGAACGUGUAUUUUCGUGAAGUCACCAUCGUGGGUGAGGAGAACAUACCUCCUGCCGGUGCUGUUGUGUUUUAUGGAAAUCAUCAAAAUCAAUUCAUAGAUGCACUCAUGAUAAACUCUAACUGUGGGAGAGACCCUCGCUUUAUCAUGGCAAAGAAGUCGUAUGAUAGAGGAUUGAUUGGCUUUUUUGGUCGCAUGUUUAACGCUGUGCCAAUGAUUCGUCCCCAGGAUGUUCCAUUGAUACCCGGCGAGGGAAGGCUCGUGCACAUGGAUGGAGUAGUGGUGAUCGGCGAGGAUACACAUUUUACGACGACCCUUGAUAAAGGUGAUGUCAUCAUAUGGACAGCAGCACCGGAUGUCAGAUGCACCGCACAAAUCAUACGCAUCCAUUCUGACACAGAAAUUGAGGUAACAGUUCCUAUUCAGACAGACCACAUCAUUUCCGAACCUACUAAUUACCAAGUCUCGAGGCGUAUUGAUCACUCAAAGAUGUAUGCUGAGGUCUACAAUACUCUGCAAAAGAACCAUUGCAUUACCAUAUUUCCUGAGGGCGGUUCCCACGAUCAUACAUCACUUCUUCCACUCAAAGCUGGGGUGGCACUUUUUUCGUUAGGUGCUGCCGAGCGUAAUAUUAGUGUAAAGGUUGUGCCCUGCGGUUUGACCUAUUUUUAUGGACACAAAUUUCGUAGUCGAGCAUACCUGGAGUUUGGCAAGCCAAUUACUCCACCUGAAGAGCUCGUGAAUAUGUUUAGCACUGAUAAACGUAAAGCCACCGGUAUAUUUUUGAAUCAACUGGAUGAUGCCCUUCGUGCUGUCACAAUUAAUGUCCCCGAUUGGGCCACACUUAAAUUCUUGCAUUCGUUUCGUCAGCUUUAUCAGCCUGUUAACUGCAUGCUCUCUGCACAAGACUACCUGUUGCUUAUGCGCCGGCUCAGUUCUUUGAUUGAUCAAGAAAGGGAUACCCCCGAAUUAAUUGAAUUUCGUUCCAAAGUUACAAACUAUAAUGAGCUCUGUGGCGCUCUUUUAGUACGAGACAGCCAGACGGCAACCCUUAAGCAUCUCGUUGAACCCGGCAAAGAGGGCGCUAAAAUUCGUUUGCUCCUUCGAAGAGCAUUUGCACUUUUUUUAAUGGGCGUUAUACUCAUUCCUUUUUUCAUUAUUGGUCUACCCAUUGGAUGCAUUAUUAAGUACUAUUCCAACAAACGUGCCAAAGUGGCUCUUUCUGAAAGUAAAGUCAAGCUGGUCGGCGCGGACGUUAAAGGUUCCCUGAAACUCACAGCGGGUUUUUUUUUAGUUCCCUUGGCUGUUCUAUUCAUUACAUUCUUAACCUUUUUCUUUACCGACUUACGUACAGCUCUUGUAAUCCUCUUUUCACUUCCUAUGGCACUGUAUGUUUCUUUGAUUAUUCUUCAAGAGGCUAUCAUGGAGCUGCGUGCCGCUCUUCCCCUUUUCAUGUCACUUAUUGCAAAGCAUAAGCAAUUUAAAAACCUCUACAAGAAACGUCAAGAGUUGGUUGCUGAAGCGAAAUGCAUUGUGCGCAAAUAUAAUCCCGAUUUAGACAAAGAGAUGGAAGUUUAUACAACUCAAGUUGCCGGGAGUGAUGGCGAUUUAGAGCGUGAACCAUCCCUCUUUUCUUUAAGAUACAACGUGCGGCGUCGGCAAGCUACCAACGCAUAG